UUCGCGCCAGCGCACGACCUGGCCAAUGAAAUGCCAGACACGCACGUGACAGCGCAUACGUAUCCCAAUCCCAAAGCGCCAUUCACACGUGCGUUGGCGUCCAUUGAACCCGACCUCCGCCCGUCGCUUUCUAAGCCCGUGUCAGAUCACAGCUACUAAAAUAACCUCUUUCCCUCCUUUUUACUUCAUUUGUGCCGCCUCUCACUUAAAUGCUGAAAAAUCAGCUUUCCCUUUUUGUUUUCCUUUUUACCAAAAGAAGAUGAAAGCAUAGCAAGCUGAAACUUGAAGUGUUGCGUAAUUUGCUGGCCAGGUUCCUCUAAAUGGAAUCCUGUGACUGUGUCGAGUCUCACUGGCCGGGCGAUGAGCUCCUCGUCAAAUACCAGUACAUAUCCGAUUUCCUCAUAGCGGUUGCGUAUUUCUCCAUUCCUCUGGAACUCAUCUACUUCGUCCACCGAUCUUCCUUCUUCCCUUACCGAUGGGUGCUGAUACAGUUCGGCGCAUUCAUAAUCCUCUGUGGCGCGACCCACCUCAUCAACCUGUGGACCUUCUCCCUCCACUCCAAAACCGUAGCUAUAGUAAUGACGGUAGCCAAGAUAUCCACGGCUGCAGUCUCGUGUGUAACAGCCCUGAUGCUUGUCCACAUCAUCCCCGACCUGCUCAGCGUGAAGACUCGCGAGUCGUUUUUGAGAAACAAAGCCGAGGAGCUCGACCGUGAAAUGGGGCUCAUCAUGAAGCAGGAGGAGACGAGCAGGCACGUCCGCAUGCUGACCCACGAGAUCCGGAGUACCCUCGACCGGCACACGAUUCUGAGGACGACACUUGUCGAGCUCGGGAGGGCGCUCGACUUGGAAGAGUGUGCCCUGUGGAUGCCCUCCCGGGGAGGGGCCAGCCUCCAGCUGUCACACACGCUGAGCAGCUCGAUGCAUGUGGGGUCCACUGUGCCGGUCAAUCUUCCUCUGGUUAAUAAGAUAUUUAGCAGCGAUGAGGCUGUUCGGAUUCCUCACGCUUGCCCUCUGGCACAAGUGGGGCCUCGGGGUCGGGGGGUGAGCUACGGGUCUCCUGAAGUAAUUGCUGUGCGGGUCCCACUUCUGAGCCUAUCGAAUUUCCGUGUCGAUGGGUUGGCCGAGCUUUCCCGGAGGAGCUAUGCGGUGAUGGUUUUGGUUCUGAGCGGGGUGAGAAAAUGGCGGGAGCAUGAGCUCGAGCUCGUGGAAGUUGUCGUUGACCAGGUUGCGGUGGCCCUUUCUCAUGCAGCAAUUAUGGAAGAAUCGACUCGGGCCCACGACCAGCUCGUGCAGCACAAUACAGCUCUUGAUUUAGCUCGACAGGAAGCCGAGACAGCUGUACGUGCUCGGAACGACUUUCUGGCUGUGAUGAAUCACGAGAUGAGGACGCCAAUGCACGCAAUUAUCUCCCUUUGUUCAUUGCUUUUAGAGGCUGAACUGAAUCCACAACAAAGGAUUAUGAUAGAGACAAUAUUGAAGUGUAGCAAUCUCCUCGCAACACUCAUUAACGACGUGCUCGAUCUUUCGAGGCUCGAAGAUGGAAGCCUUGCCUUGGAUUCCAAGAUUUUCGAUCUCCAAGCAGCUUUUCGAGACGUUUUCAACUUGGUAAAGCCUAUUGCGGACGUGAAGAAACUAUCCCUGACUUUGACGUUGGCUCUGGAUGUACCAGCUUAUGCUUGUGGAGAUGAGAAGCGGCUAAUGCAGAUCAUAUUGAUUAUUUUGGGUAAUGCUGUUAAGUUCACAAAGGAAGGUCAUGUGGUAAUCGAGGCUUGUGUUCUUAAACCUGAAUACCUUAGGGGCUGGCUAUCUUCCGAUUUCUAUCCCCCAUCAACUGAUGCUCACUUCUACUUGCAAGUUCAGGUAAGAGAUUCUGGAUGUGGGAUCAGCCCAAGUGAUAUUCCCCGCCUGUUCACCAAAUUUACCGAGACAAGGGAUUUGCCUCACUGUAAUAAAGCAGGUCUCGGCCUUCCCAUUUGCAAAAGGUUUGUGAAUCUCAUGGGAGGGAACAUAUGGAUCGAAAGUGAAGGCCUUGGCAAGGGCAGCACAUUUACAUUUGUCGUUAAGCUCGACACAUGCAACAACCCGAAUGCACCUGUCAAAAGCGGUAGCUCUUUUACCUCGGUUGCUCGUGAGUCAUUCGAAGGAAGAUUCAAGCGCGUUCAAGCUCAAAACCGACGUUCAAUCCGGAAACAAGCUGCCAAGCCUCCGAAUUGCGUUAUUAAAGUCAAGACCGGCGUAGAGAAGAUCAAAAUCAACUUUGCGGCGAAGACCAAGGACUCGUGUUCUUCACGUUCUUGGGAAAUCAAGACGUUCGAUUCGAGAUCAAGCUGUCAAGCCCUCGAAGAAACGUUAUUUAAAUUCAAAUUCAAGACCGGCGGAGAUCAAACUGAAGAUUCGUCUCCAAAAGUCUCAAAUCCACUUGAAGAUUGUUCUUGA